AUGGGAGAUUUUAAUGUUCACCAUUAUGCGUGGGGUUGCUCAUAUAGUGAUAGAUAUGGUAAUGAACUAUUGGAAUCAAUUGAAGAAAACAAUUUAUAUUUAGUGAACAAUGGAAGUCCGACUCUGGUAUUCAAAAAUACAAAAACGGUGGUUGAUAUAACUUUAUGUUCAUCAGAAAUAAUAAAUAAGAUAAAGUGGGAAGUGCAAAAGGAGUCACUGGGAUCUGAUCAUUUUCCAAUCCAUGUUGAACUUAAUGUGAAAAAUGACAAAUAUAUAAAUACAUCAGUAAGAAAAUGGAAUUGUAAACGAGCAGACUGGGAUAAAUAUAAAUCCGUUAUAGAAGAAAAAUGCGAAAAGAUAGAUAAUUCUACAACAGAAGUUAGUUAUAGUGAAUUAUUAGAUUGGAUUGAUAGUGCAGCUAACAGCAGUAUACAAAUUAAUAAGGUGAGGAAUAAAACCAGAAGACCAAUGUGGAAAGUUUUCAAAAUGGUAAGAUCUAUGCUAAAUAUGGGUGAAUCGGGAAAUGUAUCAAAAUGUAGUGAUGAUGUAUUAGAUGUUCUAGUAGACAAAAUAGCACCACCAGGAGUUAGUUACAAUAUUGAUGAAGAUUUAAAUGGGUAUGCGGAAAUGGAAAAUGAUUUAUUAAGUAAACCGUUUACAAAAUGGGAACUAGAAAAAACCUGGAAUAAAAGAACGGAUACAGCGCCUGGAUUAAAUAAUAUUCAAUAUUCAAUGUUAAGAAACCUUCCAGAGAAAGAUGCCUAUAGACCAAUAACUUUAAGCUCGUGCAUAGCCAAGAUAAAAGAUAGAUUGAUAAAGAGGAGGCUAGAAUGGUGGUUGGAACAUAAUAAAAUAUUCCCAAGAACUCAAUUUGGUUUCAGAAGAAAACAUAGUACAAUGGAUAAUUUAAGUAUAUUUAUUAGUGACAUAUAUUUGGCAUUUUCUAAAAAUACAUAUGUUGUAGCACUAUUUAGUGAUAUAAAGGGAGCAUAUGACAAUGUAAUACCUAAUAUUUUAAUGGAUAAAUUAUUAAAAAAAAUAGUUAUAGAGAUGAAUGAUAGAAAAUAUGAAAGAUACUUAUACAAAGGACUUCCGCAAGGGGGUAUACUGAGUCCUUUAUUAUAUGCUUUAUAUGCUUAUGACUUAGAAAAAAUUUGGGUACCUGGAACAAAGAUCUUACAAUAUGCUGAUGAUGUUGUGAUUUAUGUAGAAAGGAAAACAUUAAAAGAUGCUUUGGAGAUUAUGACAAACAAUAUUGAUUUAUACAAUUUAUGGUUGAGCAAAAAUGGUUUAACAUUAUCAGAAGAAAAAAGUACGAUUGGAAUUUAUCUAGAUCAAAAGUUGGCAUUCUAG